GCAUGUAAUUACUGUCGGCUUACGAAAGAAGAUACCCAUUAAAAUUUGCUCUUUAAUUAAAGACACAACAUUUAAUCAAACUGUUAAAAUUAAAAUGAAUUCAUAAUGUCGACACACUUCGCUUGUAUUGGAUAAAAUUCAGCAUUACCAUGAAAGUUCAUCUAUUGGCCACACUUACUGUCGUGUACUGCUCCCUUCAAGUGGUUCUAUCGGACAUCGUAGUUGAUUGCCCUCCUGAGUCGGAGGAAUAUUUCGCUCAUCCAACCGAAUGCAAUAAAUUCAUUCAGUGUAGAGAUGGAAAAGCAGUGUUGUUAAGUUGCCCAAACAACUUUUUUUGGAAUACAAAAGAAUUAAAAUGUGAUUGGAGAUUUAACGUCGUGUGUCCAGGAGACGAAGAUCUCACAACCAGCGACGAAGUCAUCACAACCCCUUCGUUGAAUGUUCCAACAAGACCGUAUGAACCCAUUACUAACGAAAUCGAAAUAGUCAGAGAAUGCGAUGACUACGAUAACCGAGAUAUUGCACAUCCUCUAAACUGUAGUUUGUAUUUAUCGUGCAACGCACUCGGAUCCGUAACAUUGAUUUGUGACGAUGGACUUUAUUUCAAUGAAUUGGAGAACAAAUGUGAUGAUCCAACCAAUGUAUAUUGUGAGUGGUCGGAUAUUACCACUACAACUACCACAAGUACAACAGUUGAUCCAUCUACUACGACAGCUGGUCCUACUACUACGACAGAUGGUCCUACUACUACCACUAGCGAUUGUCCCACAACCACUAGCGAUUGUCCCACAACCACAAGCGAUUGUCCCACAACCACUAGCGAUUGUCCCACAACCACUAGCGAUUGUCCCACAACCACUAGCGAUUGUCCCACAACUACUAGCGAUUGUCCCACCACAACUCCUUGCACCACACCAACUCCAUGCACAACAACGACAUGCACCACUCCAACACCAUGUACAACAACUACAUGCACUACCCCAACUCCAUGUACAACAACUACGUGCACCACUCCAACACCAUGUACAACAACUACGUGCACAACUGCAACUCCAUGCACAACAACGACAUGCACCACUCCAACACCAUGUACAACAACUACAUGCACUACCCCAACUCCAUGUACAACAACUACGUGCACAACCGCAACCCCAUGCACAACAACGACAUGCACCACUCCAACACCAUGUACAACAACUACAUGCACUACCCCAACUCCAUGUACAACAACUACGUGCACCACUCCAACACCAUGUACAACAACGACAUGCACCACUCCAACACCAUGUACAACAACUACAUGCACUACCCCAACUCCAUGUACAACAACUACGUGCACCACUCCAACACCAUGUACAACAACUACUUGCACCACUCCAACACCAUGUACAACAACUACAUGCACUACCCCAACUCCAUGUACAACAACUACGUGCACAACCGCAACCCCAUGCACAACAACGACAUGCACCACUCCAACACCAUGUACAACAACUACAUGCACUACCCCAACUCCAUGUACAACAACUACGUGCACUACCCCAACUCCAUGUACAACAACUACGUGUACAACUGCAACUCCAUGCACAACAACGACAUGCACCACUCAAACACCAUGUACAACAACUACAUGCACUACCCCAACUCCAUGUACAACAACUACGUGCACCACUCCAACUCCAUGCACAACAACGACAUGCACCACUCCAACUCCCUGUACAACAACUACGUGCACCACUACUGAAUGCCCAACAACAACUGAAUGUCCAACAACAACUGAAUGCCCAACCACAACUGAAUGCCCAACCACAACUGCAUGCCCAACAACAACUGAAUGCCCAACAACAACUGAGUGCCCAACAACAACUGAGUGCCCAACAACUCCAUGCCCAUGUUCAUGCCCAACGACAACCCCUUGUCCGUGUCAAGCUACCAAACUUGUUCCUAGUGAAAAUCCACCCACUCCCUUCACUCCUUCUGCAUCAACUGUAGCAGCAAAUGCACCUUCAAUUUCUACUUGCACCGGAAUUUGUGCAGAAGGAGGAGAUUAUCUACCAAGUCCAACAAACUGCAGUAAAUUUAUUCGUUGCGUUCACUGUGUUCCGUAUGAAAUGAAUUGCCCGAGAGGUCUAUUGUGGAGCAGAGAGAAGAAUGUUUGCGAUUGGUCAUAUAAUGUAAAGUGUUAAAACUUACGUACUAAAAUGACCAGGUUCAACAUCGUUGAACAUCGAAGCUCUGACAAUAUAAAAAUUAAAAUUCAAAUGCUUUUACAUAAACAUAUUGAGUUCUGUUAGACAAUAUAAACCGUUUCUCAAUAAAGCAAAACAAAUAAA